AAAGAAAAGAAACCCUAAACCUCUCCAGAAGCAUAUUCGCUCUUUUCUACGUCUCCCGAUCGGAGCUCACGGCCAUUUCUCCGCUCCAUUAUUGAAGGAGAAGUAUAUUCAUUUGUGCAGCCAUGGCUCUGAUCCUGCAUGCGACGAGCAAUAAUAAGAAUGCUCUCAAGGCACUAAUUGCUGCAGAAUACAGUGAUGUUAAAGUGGAACUAACUAAGGAUUUUCAGAUGGGAGUAUCCAAUAAGACUCCUGAGUUCCUCAAGAUGAACCCAAUUGGAAAGGUUCCUGUGCUUGAAACUCCUGAUGGUCCUUUAUUUGAGAGUAAUGCCAUUGCCCGUUAUGUUACAAAGUUGAAGGCUAAUAAUCCACUCUUUGGCUCAUCUUUGAUUGAAUAUGCCCGCAUUGAGCAAUGGAUCGACUUUGCUACCACUGAGAUUGAUGUCCAUUUGGGUCGUUGGUUGUACCCACGACUGGGUUUUAUGGUUCACCUCCCUCCGGCUGAGGAAGCUGCAAUUGCUUCUCUGAAGAGAGCUCUUGGACCAUUGAAUGCUCAUCUUGCCUCUAACACUUACUUGGUUGGAGAUUUUGUCACUCUGGCAGACAUAAUUACAAUAUGCAACCUGUAUCUGGGAUAUAAAACUGUCAUGACGAAGAGCUUUACCUCAGAAUUUCCCCAUGUUGAGAGAUACUUCUGGACCUUGGUGAAUCAGCCAAAGUUUCACAAGAUUUUGGGCGACGUGAAUCAAACAGAUUCUGUUCCACCUGUUCCAUCCAAAAAACCUGCACAGCCAAAAGAACCAAAACCAAAGGCAAAGGAAGAACCCAAGGAGGCCAAGAAAGAGGCAAAGAAAGAAGCCCCCAAGCCUAAAGAGGAUGAUCUUGAUGAAGAAGAAGCACCCAAGCCAAAACCAAAAAAUCCUCUAGAUCUUUUGCCACCUAGCAAGAUGAUACUAGAUGAAUGGAAGAGGCUUUAUUCAAACACCAAGACUAACUUCCGUGAAGUCGCAAUUAAGGGAUUUUGGGAAAUGUAUGAUCCUGAAGGAUACUCACUCUGGUUUUGCGACUACAAGUACAAUGAUGAAAACACAGUUUCCUUUGUUACUUUGAACAAGGUUGGCGGAUUUCUGCAAAGAAUGGAUCUUGCACGCAAGUAUGCAUUUGGGAAAAUGUUGGUCAUUGGUUCAGAGCCCCCAUUCAAGGUGAAGGGGUUGUGGCUUUUCCGCGGUAAAGAAAUCCCCAAAUUUAUCCUGGAUGAGGUUUAUGAUAUGGAGCUGUAUGACUGGAAGGAGGUAGACAUCAGUGAUGAAGCCCAAAAAGAGCGUGUCAGCCAGAUGAUUGAAGAUUAUGAGCCUUUUGAGGGAGAGCCUCUGCUGGAUGCAAAGUGUUUCAAAUAAAAUUUCAAUGUUUUUUGGAAAGGGUACUGUAUUUUGACGUAUAGUCUACCAUCAGUUUUGCCUCCCAAUUUCUAAGUCAUUUUGCUUCCAUUUCUAGAACAAGUAUCAUUCUCAGAGAACUCGGUGUUAUUGUAGUGCUACAUCCAGAUUAUGUUUUAGCUGUGUGUCUUAUAGUUUGGGUUAAACUUGAAGACUCAAGGUUGAGUGCUAAUGUAUGAGUUAUAAUGGAUCGUUUAACCGGUUCUUGUGGUUUCUAAAGUUGAUUCACGUUAGCAUGUUGUUUUUCUGGA